AUGUCUGAGCUAACGGCGGCUGAAAAAAGACGUCUACUGAGAGAAAGACGGCAGGCCAAGCUUGCAGCCACGUCCACCGACAGACUGGGGAAGAUCACUGGUACCGUGGGCUCUCAUCUACCAACAGCUUCUCCGUUGUCUGCUGAAGAUCCCGCCGUGUCAGACAUAAGCGAGGCGAUGACUCCUGCCAUCGACGGAAGUAGCGGCGACUCGGAGCCGUCGAUGGACAAAAUACUAGAGAACAUGCUGGGCCAGGGCCACAACCACAAUGUGCCGUCAGUUCUGCCUGAGGAUUUCAUGAAGACCAUGUCUUCUAUCCUCCCUUCGAUGAACGACGAGUCGUCAAAGCCGACGUCUGGGGCAGGAAAGAAGCCCUCUGAACAUGAACUGCAGCUUGAUGAGUACAACAGGUACCAAUUACGAAAGUUCAAACUUGGAUUUACCGUCCUCAGGUUUGUGAGUGUGCUCACGCUGGUAUAUUUCAGGCUCGUGGGGUACACUUUGUUCUACCCGUCAUUUGAGCGUCUGGAUCACGGGUAUGGCAAGAUCGAUCUAUGGAACUGGUUCACCAUCCUCGAGGUGUUUUUUUCGGUGGUAUACGUUCUCGCUUACAGGUACCUUCCGCAGACGCGAGACAACUCUAUUUUCAGCAUUAUCGAAGGGUUUGUGCCACAGCACUACCGCGGCCGGUUUGAGAUGAUUGUCAAGUACAGAGACGUUGUUGUGUUCUGGAUCAACGACCUGUCGGUCCUCAUUUUGGCGCUGGGCUGUCUAGCGUGGCUCAAUAAUUAG